AUGCAGGUCGUGCUCAAGUCGGCGAAGAAGGACGACGCCAACCUCGCCCGCGAAAUCCACCACCACCGCCAGUUCAUACAUCCGCACAUUGCGCGCCUAUACGAGGUCAUCGUGACGGAGGAGCUGGUCUGGUUGGUGCUCGAGUACUGCCCGGGCGACGAACUAUACAACUACCUCCUACAGCAUGGCGCACUCGAGCCCUCGAAAGUCCAGCGCAUCUUCACGCAACUCGUCGGCGCCGUUUCUUACGUCCACAACAAAUCGUGCGUCCACCGCGACCUGAAGCUCGAGAACAUACUGCUAGACAAGCACGGAGAUGUGAAGCUCGUCGAUUUUGGCUUCACGCGCGAAUACGAGGGCAAGUCGAACUACUUGCAAACAUGGUGCGGAACAAUAUGCUACAGCGCGCCCGAAAUGUUGAAGGGCGAGAAGUACGCCGGAGAAAAGGUCGACGUCUGGAGUUUGGGAAUCAUACUAUACGCACUGCUGGUAGGCGAACUGCCAUUUGACGAGGACGACGAAAAUGUCACGAAGAUGAAGAUACUGAAAGAGGAACCCAAAUACCCCGAGAACUUCCCCGCGCAGGCGAAGGAGUUGUGCUCGGCUUUGCUUUCGAAACGGCCGAUCUUGAGACCGACUUUGGCAGAUAUACUGCAGAAUCCGUGGUUGUCGGAACAUGCGCCGCGGCAGCAAGAGACGUUGAAGCUACAACAGCCGGCGCCGUUUUCGACGGAGCUGGAGAAGGAAGUACUUCAUCGUAUGCGCGGCGCUGGGGUUGAUAUCGACAUGGUCAUUGAGAACGUACUCGCGCAGCGUUGUGACGCACUAGCUGGCUGGUGGGCACUGCUGCUCGAGAAGGAGGAGCGGAAAGCCAAGAGAAAGGAGCGCAAGCGGAAAGAGAAGGAAGCAGAGGCAAAGAGCUUAAGACGGGUCGCAAUUCGUCGACCUCACGCCCUCCUCCACCCGCGAAAGACCUCGACAGACGGCGCUCCCGCAGUAGUCCUGCCCGCCACGCCCACAUCCAGCUCCUUCCCCAGUAACAUCCGCGUCGUCCGGACGGGUGGCUUAUCCGUCACGACAGAAGGAAACAGCGCAUUCGGUGCCGUCCCGCCUCCCUCGCCCGGGUUUCCCUCCGGCCUCGUCUUCGCGAAGCGCAAGCGCUCGCCCUUCAAGGGCCCCAUGCUCAACGUCAACAGCUCGAAUUCUCCAAGCGCGCCUGUGAAUAACUGGCGCCGCACAAGCGAUGGCAAUGCGAGUCGCAGCCACAGCGUGCAAGGGCGAAGGAGCGGCGAGAUCAUGGGCAUCACAGAGGAAGAAGAAGAGGAGGACGAGGAGGAUGUCGAAGAGGUUGAGGAUUUUUCGGCCGCGGCUUUGAGGGAGGGCGAGUUCGUCGAGGAGAGUCCCAAGGAGCCGGUUACGCCGCCGCCCAAGGGGUGA